ACAUUGUCUCCAUUCCCAUAAGAAAGACAGCAACAAUGAGCAGCACAACGAAAAAUCUUAAUGAGAGCUUCACAGUCCGCUCAGACAAGUGCAAGUACACCGACGAAGCCAUUAUCUCGGAUUUCAAGUAAGUUUAUGUACUCUUAUCGAAGACCCUGUUUGAACAGUGUGUCGGCGUCGUCUUUGUUUCGUCGUUCCCGUUCUAUCCACCAUGCAGCAUUAUUAUAAAGUGUUGACGUCCAUGCUUUGCCGUCUUGGAACAUAAUUUUUCUUCGCAACCACAAAAAUCACAGAAGCUCAUAUUAUUUCUUUCCCGGUAUUUAAAGGUAUGAGAGCACCCUUGUCGAAGGCAACGUUGUUGUUCCGGUGGAAACCAAGAUGCAGUUCAAGACCGAGCGCACUGUACCAAAGGUUGGUGUUAUGCUUAUUGGCCUCGGCGGAAACAAUGGAUGGUAAGAAUUGCGGUGAAAAAAGCUGGUGGUACAUU